CAGCAAACUCUCAACCGUCGUUCCUGUCAAACCCCUCCAAAAAGUCAAAAUCAAACAACAAAAAAGCGCAACAGCCAACAACAGCAAAAGGACGCCGCUAGCGGGACGGAUUCCGGAAUUUUUCACCGUAAUAUCUGUGUCCUGCCGUUGAAGUGGAUAAUAUGAAGUGCAUUUCCGGUGGAAAGUAAACAACACGGAUAGAGACAACAACGCGCCAUGUACAUCAAAUCAAUCAUCAUCGACGGCUUCAAGUCGUACGGCAAGCGAACCGAGGUGCACGGAUUCGAUCCGGAGUUUAACGCCAUCACCGGUCUCAAUGGAACGGGCAAGUCCAACAUCCUGGACUCGAUUUGCUUCGUGCUGGGAAUUUCCAAUCUGGUUCAUGUUCGCGCCACGUCCCUCCAGGAGCUGGUGUACAAGAGUGGCCAGGCCGGGGUGACCAAGGCGACCGUCACGCUCGUGUUCGACAACACCGACAAGGACCAGUGCCCGCUGGGGUACGAAAAGUGCAACGAGAUCUCGAUUACGCGCCAAAUCGUCGUCGGCGGCAAGAACAAAUACCUGAUCAACGGCAAAACGGUCCAGAACAAGAAGGUCCAGGAUCUGUUCUGUUCGGUGCAGCUGAACGUGAACAAUCCGAACUUUCUGAUCAUGCAGGGCCGCAUCACGAAGGUGCUGAACAUGAAGCCGCAGGAGAUUCUGUCGAUGAUCGAGGAGGCGGCCGGGACGAGCGUGUACGAGGCCAAGCGCGAGCACUCGAUCAAGCUGAUCGAGAAGAAGGACGCCAAGCUGAACGAGCUGUACACGGUCCUCCGCGAGGAAAUCGAACCGAAGCUGGAGAAGCUGCGCAAGGAGCGCGCCCACUACAUCGAGUACCAGAAGGUGUGCCGGGACAUUGAGUACCUGACGCGGCUGUACGUCUCGCACAAGUAUCUGCAGUUUGUGAAGGCGGUGGAGAACUCGGAGAAGUCGAUCGCCACGUUGAACGACACGAUCGAGGCCAACCGGAAGAAGAUUGAGGGGAAUGUUGGGGAGUGCAAGGAGAUUGAGGUGGGGGCGAAGGAGCUGCAGGAAAAGAUUGACAAUGAGGGGGGCGGGGUGUUGGCGGAGUUGGAGGCUGAGCUGAGUGGGGAGAGUAAGAAGGAGGCGACGGUGGCGGCGGAGCGGAAUAGUACGAAGGACAAUAUUGGGGUGGAGCAGCGGAAGUUGAAGAAUCUGGUGAAGAGUAUAAAGGAUGACGAGGGUGCGUUGGGGAAGAAGGAGGGCGAGAUGCAGCGGACGGGGGAUAUGUUUCAGAGUUUGAAGGACGCGGACGAAGCGGACGCGAAGGCGUUUGCCGAUGCGCAGAAGAGGUUCGAGGCGGUGAGUGCGGGUUUGUCGACGAAUGAGGAUGGAGAGGCGGCGACGUUGCAGGAUCAGUUGAUGGCGGCGAAGCAGAAGGCGGCGGAGUCGGCGACGGCGAUCAAGCAGAGUGAGAUGGAGUUGAAGCACUGUCAGCAGCUGUUGAAGGAGAAGGAACGGGACGCGAACUCGAGCGAUGCCGCUUAUACGGAGGACAAGAAGAAGUUGACGAAGACGGAGGGGCAGAUUAGGGCGUUGGAGGCGGAACUGCAGAAGAUUGACUAUGAGGAGGGAUCGAUUGAGCAGUUGCAGGAGCGCAAGCAGCAGUUGACGCACGAGAUUCGCAAUCUGCGAGGGGAGUUGGAUAGGAAGAAUGCUUACCGGUGGGAGUUUCAGUACCGGGAUCCGGAACCGAACUUUGAUCGAUCGUCGGUGAAGGGGAUGGUCGCCAAGUUGAUUAGCGUUCGCGAUCGGAAGUACGCGCUGGGGUUGGGAACCGCUGCCGGAGGCAGUUUGUACAGCGUGGUCGUGGACAGCGACUCGACCGGCAAGAAGCUGCUGCAGAAGGGUCAACUGCAGACGCGUACGACGAUGAUUCCGUUGAACAAGAUUUCCGGAAGGUCGAUCGAUACGAACACGGUGCGGGUGGCGGACAGUCUGGUUGGAAAGGGUCGCGCCGUAACGUCGCUGUCCUGCGUGGAGUACGACCGGGAGAUUGAACCGGCGAUGAAGUUCGUGUUUGGUGGGUCGUUCCUGGCGGAGGACAUGAACGUGGCGAAGCAGGUCACCUACCAUCGACAGAUCAUGUGCCGCUCGGUGACGCUGGACGGAGAUGUGGUUGAUCCUAGCGGUACGCUGUCCGGUGGUGCUAAGCCGAAGGGAGGAGCGGUGCUGCUGGAGGUUGAGGAAAUUAACCAGAUUCAGCGCGCGCUAGCCCAGAAGGAGCAAGAGUAUCAGCAGGUUUGCGCGGAGAUUAGCAAACUGGAGCGCGUCGCCGCGCGGUUCGGCCAGCUAAAAGAGCAGCUGGAUCUGAUGCAGUACGAGCUGAAGACGCUGCAGGCUCGGCUAGCGCAGACCAAGUUCCAGCAGGCCCAGCAGGAGAUUGAGGAUCUCAAGCAGAAAGUUGAAACCCUCCAGCAAACGAUGGUCGAUGCGCGGCAGACGCAAACCGCGGCCAACGCCAAGGUGAAGGACCUGACGGCGAAGAUCGCCGACAGCAAGGGAUAUCGCGAGCGGGAGCUCAAAUCGGCGGAGGACGAGCUGAAGCGAGCAAAGAAAAAGAGUGAGGAAAGUCGCAAAAACUGGAAGAAGCACGAGCAAGGCUUCGAGACGUUGAAGCUGGAGAUCGAGGAGCUGCAGAAGGGUAUUGCGAGUGCGCGCGAGCAGGCGACCAAGCUGGAGGAGACGAUCGCGGAGCUGCAGGAGAAGUUGAACAGCGUGAGUGAGAGCAGUGAAGCGAUGGUGGCGGCCGUGCAGGCGGUUAAACAGAAGAUCAAGGAACACAAGGACAAGAUCAACAGCCAGAACAAGGAGCUGAAGGCCAAGUAUCACCACAGGGACAAGCUGCUGAAGCAGAACGAAGAGUUGGAGCUUGAGAUCAAGAAGAAGGAGAACGAAAUUCAAAAGGUUCGCAAUGACAACAAAGACGGGUACAACAAGAUCUCCGGACUGGAAGAAAAGUAUCCCUGGAUCACCGAGGACAAGGAGUUCUUCGGCGUUAAGAACACCCGGUACGACUACAACAAGGAAGACCCCCAGGAAGCAGGUCGCAAGCUGAACAAGCUGCAAGACUCCAAGGAGAAGAUGAGCCGGAACAUCAACCAAAAGGCGAUGGUUCUGCUCGAGCGCGAAGAAGAGCAGUACAAAGAGGUGAUGCGACGCAAACAGGUCGUCGAAGACGACAAGAAAAAGAUCCAAAAGAUCAUCACCGACCUGGACGAAGAAAAAAAGAAGCAACUCAAAGUAGCCUGGACGGAAGUCAACGAAAACUUCGGCUCCAUCUUCAGCACCCUCCUGCCCGGCACCCAAGCCCAGCUCGUCCCCCCCGACGGCGUCAACUUCAUGAAGGGGCUCGAAGUCAAGGUCGGCUUCAACGGCAUGUGGAAAGAAUCGCUCACCGAGCUCAGCGGUGGCCAACGCUCCCUCGUAGCCCUCUCGCUCAUCCUUGCCAUGUUGAAGUACAAACCCGCCCCCCUUUACAUCCUGGACGAGGUGGACGCCGCCCUCGACCUCUCCCACACGCAGAACAUUGGCAACAUGCUGAAGGCGCACUUUACCAACUCGCAGUUUGUGAUCGUCUCGUUGAAAGAUGGUAUGUUCAACAACGCGAACGUCCUGUUCCGGACCAAGUUUGUGGACGGCAUGUCGGGUGUGACGCGGACGGUUAAUGUGGCCGCAAUGAGGAAGCGGUGAUGCGAGAGGAUGCAGGGUUGACGAAUAAUGACGAAAGUAGUAGACGUAAGGUACAAAAUUGAACACAAUUGCAAGAAUAAUAACACUGUUAAAAU